UCAUAGCGCAGGGGGCGGGCUCACUUGAAUACGGGUGAGAAAAAAAAGAACACCUCUCGUCAAGGCUUCGACCAUUUUCAGCGUUCAGUGGUUACAACCCAGUCUGAUUUUCUUUUUGCUUUUGCACAGUUUGGAAGUUAACUGCAGAAAAAAAGAUGUGGAAAGCAGCAGCUGGUCACUCUCUCUCCGUUAACGUUGACGAAGGUAACGACGACUGGGAGACGGAUCCUGACUUUGAGAAUGAUGUGACUGAGAAAGAGCAGAGAUGGGGAGCAAAAACAGUGGUGGGCUCCGGACAUCAGGAGCACAUCAACAUCCACCAGCUGCGUGAGAAGGUGUCGAGCGAGCACUGUGACCUGAAACAGCGCGAGCUGGAGAACAUGCCCAAAGCCUCGCAUGGCUAUGGGGGAAAGUUUGGUGUUCAGGAGGACCGGAUGGACAAGUCGGCUGUGGGUCACGAGUAUCAGAGUAAACUGUCGAAGCACUGCUCCCAAACAGACACGUCUAAAGGCUUCGGUGGGAAAUUUGGUGUUCAGAGUGACCGCGUGGACCAGUCUGCUGUAGGGUUCGAGUAUGCUGGGAAAACAGAGAAACAUGCCUCACAGAAAGAUUACACCACUGGUUUUGGGGGCCGCUAUGGUGUUCAGACCGAUCGUGUGGACGACAGUGCUGUAGGCUUUGAUUAUCAGGGAAAAACAGAGAAACACGAAUCUCAGAAAGAUUACGCUAAAGGAUUCGGUGGGAAAUAUGGAGUGGAAACGGAUAAAGUGGACAAAAGUGCAGUGGGCUUUGAGUAUCAGGGCAAAACGGAGAAACACGAGUCACAGAAAGACUACGUGAAGGGCUUUGGAGGAAAGUUCGGCGUGCAGACGGACCGCGUGGACAAAUCCGCUGUUGGAUGGGAUCAUCAGGAGAAACUGCAGCUUCAUGAGUCUCAGAAAGAUUAUAAGCGUGGGUUUGGAGGGAAAUACGGGGUGGAGGUUGAAAAGCAGGAUCAAUGCGCACUUGGCUAUGACUACAAAGGGAGUCUGGCUAAGCACGAAUCCCAACAAGAUUACUCUAAAGGGUUUGGAGGCAAAUAUGGAGUGCAGAAGGACCGAAUGGACAAGAGUGCAGGAACGUUCGAUGAAGUCGAGAAACCUACCACUGCUUACCAGAAGACCAAACCACACGAAGCAGCCGGCAGAGCAACGGGAAGCAUCAAAGCUCGUUUUGAGAAUCUGGCCAAGCAGAACGAGGAGGAGGACAAGAAACGCGUGCAGGAGGAGAGAGCCAGGCGAGAAGCCAAGGAGAAGCAGGAGCAAGAGGAAGCUCGGAGAAAGGCAGAGGUGAGCUCCAAAGCUAAAGAGCCUUCCCCACAGCCCAGCCCCACCUCCACCACUCAAACCUACCAGGUGAGCUCCAAAGCUAAAGAGCCUUCCCCACAGCCCAGCCCCACCUCCACCACUCAGACCUACCAGUAUGAGACUCCUGAUAGCCACCAGAAGGCAGAGGAGCCUGAGGAGCCAGUUUAUGAGGUAGAACCGAGGUCAAAGCAGGAGGACCUCUACCAGAACCUGGACCAGGAUGACUACCAGGCCACAGACACUCAGUCUUAUGACUAUGGUGAGGACCUGGGAGUGACUGCUGUGGCUCUGUAUGACUAUCAAGCUGCCGGUGAUGACGAGAUCUCCUUCGACCCGGAUGACAUCAUCACCAACAUUGAGAUGAUUGACGAGGGCUGGUGGAGGGGCGUGUGCAGGGGGGCUUACGGACUUUUCCCAGCCAAUUACGUUGAAGUCCGGCAGUAAGCCCCGCCCAUCGGCCGUGCCCACCUCCCUGGAGGAGAGGGGAUCUCCUUUGCACAUCCUUCCAUUCGUAUCCCUUCAUUUUUCCUUCGCCACUUCGCAGUGCUUUAGGCAUUCUCAGGUCUUUCUCCUCUCUUCCUACUUUAUUCCUUCCCUUUUCUUUGCCCCAGAAUAAGCCAUUCUGUGUCACUCUUCCCUGAGCAAAAUCUUCCAUUUAUCACACUUUCUUCUCCUCUUUGUUCCUUUUAACAUUUAACACUAGAGUAAUAACUAGUCUGUAUCCAUAACGAUACAGACAUGUAACAUAAGAGAGCUACAGAGUUAAAAUCUUGGCUUUGGGUUUUAUUGAUUGUGCACAUGAGGGUGAAAUGCAAGCGUGUAAAUGGCUAUGAUUGCUAACGGGUGGUGUGUUUAGGAAAGGGUUGGUGGAAGAUUUGGUGAUGAACCAAAGAAUGAUGUUGUACUCGCAUGCUUUGCAUUUUAAUGGAGGGGCAAAUGUAUGGAUUUGAAUUCCUUUAAAAAGUUUCGUGACGUUAAUGCAAUCUUUUUAUGGGUUUGGACUGUAUGGAUUUGUGCCCAUUACCACUUUGCGUAUGUAGUUUUGCCAGUUUAGAGCUUGUUUCAGCUCUGAUCUCUCAUCUCUCUUUUUAAAUACAUUAACAGCACCAGAUUGUAAAUGUAAUUAUGAACUUGUGUGAUUACAAAAAUGCUUACAUUUUUUUUUCUGUUUAGCUGUCUUUACAUGGCCUGAGACACUCUGCAAAUCCUUUCACGUGACGUGAAUCUGUAGCUUCUUAUCUUGACCUGCUCGACGUUGGCAACACUAAUAGAAAAUAAAUAAAUAAAU